UGUCAACUGUUGAACUGUCACUUUUUGAACCGUCAAAUGUUCAACCGUCAAUGUCAUUCAUUAAAUUGCUGGUUCUGGUUAUUACUUGUUUGAAGAAAAGAGUAAUUUUGUAUUUAUACUAUUUAUGUAUUGUUAUUAGGGAGCAAACAAGGAAUAAAUAAUGUUCAACCAGCCUAGCAAUCCAAACAAAGAUUUGGAGGUAACUUCUCCACCGGAUGACACCGUGUCGGCGCUCGAAUUUUCACCACCCGCACUUCAGCAAACAUUUCUAGCGGCUGGUAGCUGGGACUGUCGGGUACGAUGCUGGGAAGUGGAGACGACAGGCAAGACAGUCCCGAAGGCAGUGCAGAGCAUGGACGGGCCCGUGCUGGACGUGGCGUGGCACGACGAUGGCAGUAAAAUCUUUAUGGCGUCCACAGACAAGAGUGUCAAGUGCUGGGACUUGGCUUCGAAUCAGUGCAUGCAGGUGGCGGCGCACGAGGCGCCCGUCAAGACUUGCCACUGGAUCAAGGCACCCAACUAUACCUGCUUGAUGACCGCCUCUUGGGAUAAGACACUCAAGUUUUGGGACACCCGCAGCCCAGUCCCCAUAAUGAAUAUGAACUUGUCGGAGCGGUGUUACUGCGCAGACGUGGUACGUAUAGCGAGCUGGCGCGAGUGGUGCGGCCCCGUCCUGCAGCCAGCUCAUGAUUUGUGUGUGCAGGACUACCCGAUGGCCGUGGUCGGCACAGCGGACCGUGGCAUCUGUCUCUACACGCUAGAAGGCAAGCCGGCGGAGUUCAAGCGCGUCGAAUCGCCGCUUAAACACCAACACCGUUGCAUCGCCAUCUUCCGCGACAAGAAGACCAAGCAGCCCACAGGCUUCGCACUCGGCAGUGUCGAGGGGCGCGUGGCCAUUCAGUACGUGAACCCCACUAACCCCAAGGACAACUUCACGUUCAAGUGUCACCGGCCGCCUGCUAGCACCACAGGGUAUCAAGACAUCUACGCAGUGAACGACAUCGCGUUCCACCCGGCGCACGGCACGCUGGCCACGGUGGGCUCGGACGGCUCGUUCUCGUUCUGGGACAAGGACGCGCGCACCCGCCUCAAGUCCUCGGAGAUGUUGGACCAGCCGCUUACGAAGUGCGCCUUUAACCACAACGGACAAAUAUUCGCGUACGCCGUUGGCUACGACUGGUCCAAGGGCCACGAGCACUUCAACCCGGCCAAGAAGAACUUCAUCUACCUGCGCGCUUGCUACGAGGACCUGAAGCCGCGCACCACGUGAGCCCUGCGCCCUCUGCCGACACGUCGUGACUGCGCCCUUCAACACCACCACUUCAGUUUUUGUAAAAACUUGCCCCUUUAUGUAACUCAUAAUAUUACUUAAAUAUUGUGAUAUGAGUCGAGUCCAAUUGUAUUUUUUUUUUAUAUUUUUAGGCAUAUCUUAAUAAAAUAAACAAACGAUUGUUGCAUACAAA